CUCUCGUUCGUUCCAGAACUUGCACCUAAGUUUCUUCGAACCUUAGCAUUCACGACAGGGACCUGUGAAGAUAAUAUAGAUAUGGAAGACUCCCUUAAAAUCAAGACCGAGGAUAAAAAACUAGGUGAUGUAAAGGAAGAGAAGACUGAGAUGGAACUGCAUCUGAAGAAUAAAUUAGCAGAGAAAGAGAAUCCAAUAUGUAAGGAAGAGAAACAACAUAAGGAUGAAGAUAAAUCAAAGAAAAAGAAGAAAGAGAAGGAGGUGGAGGAAGGAGGAGAGGGAGCAAAGAAAGAAAAUGAUUUAGAAGAUAAAGAUGGGGAUGGUGAGGAGAAGAAGAAAAAGAAGGAGAAUGAGAAGGAUAAGAAGAAAAAAGAAAAGAAGGACAAGGAUGAAAAAACUGAUGGGGAGGAAAAGAAGGAGGAGAAGGAGGAUAAGAAUAAAGAGAAGAAGAAGAAAAAGGAAAAGGAUGACAAAAUUGAUGCAGAGAAGGUCAUUGGGAGAGAAGAUGAUGAGGAGGAUGGUAAAGAGAAUGAGGAAAAGAAGGAGAAAGAGAAGAAGAAAAAGGAAAAGCAGGACAAGGGAAAAGAAGAUGGAGAUAAGGAUAGUGAAGAGAAGAAGACAGAGAAGGAGAAGGAGAAGAAAAAGGAAAAGAAGGACAAGGAUGAAGAAAUGGACACAAAGAAAGAAAAGGGAAAAGAUUAUGAAGGAGAGGAUAGUGAAGAAAAUAAGAAAAAGAAUAAUAAGGAUAAGAAGGAGAAAGAGAAGGAUAAGAAAAAGGAAAAAAAAGAUAAAGAUGACGAGGAGGAUGGAAAAGAAGAGGGUGAGAAAAAGGAUGGUAAAGUUGCUUUAAGGGAUAUUGAAAUAGAAGAAACUGUGAAAGAAUGUGAAAAAGAAGGUGAAGAAAAGGUUGACAAGGAGGAAGUGAAAGAGAAGACGAAGAAAGAAGACAACGACAACAAGGGGAAGAAGAAGAAACUUUCUGGAAAGGACAAGACCAAGGAUCUUAGCAAGCUGAAGCAAAAGCUUGAAAAAGUUAAUGAAAAAAUAGAAGCACUCAUUGAAAAGAAGGUAGAUAUAGAAAGGCAGAUAAAAGAAGUCGAAGGUGAGGGUCAUGUAGUCAUUGAGAAGAACAAGAAUGAGGUAUAGUAGCCUUUAAGGAUACGCUUAUACUACCUUGUAUACUAUGCAAACUAUAUUUGCACUUGAUGAGUGGUUUUGUGUAAUAAAACUGUCUUUUGAUUUGUGUGAGAAGCAAUACAUUUGUGCAUAUUCUUAUGCUUUGUGUGA